CCUUCCCUUUUCCAUCGAGACAGAGCAGCUUCCUGCUGUAGCAAAUAAUUCUUGGCUGGAUACGAAUGACUUCUUCCCCCUCCCGGUCCUCGCCACAGCAGAAGGAGCCGACAGUUUCCCGAGACAGGACGGCUCGCGGUCGGACACGCAACAAGGAAACCGGGAGCGACGCAUACCUGUCCGUGUGGCAUGUGACAGCUCGCGGCCGCGUGAAGAGGGGAUAAAGGACAGCGGCUCCGCAGACGGGACUCGGCCUUUUCGCGUAGACCGACGGAGUAAUGAACUCCUCCGGUGGUACCAACUCUCCCGCCACAAAGAAGAUGGGGUGGCUGUGCGGAGAAAAGCUCCACUUCUGGGAACCCAAUCAGACGUUCCACACGGACCGGCCCGACCUCUCCGAGUGUUUCCAGCUCUCCGUCCUGGCGUGGCUGCCCUGCGUCUUCCUGUGGGCUGCCUCUCCGGCCUACAUCUACUACCUGAAGAAGAGCAGCCGAGGGUACAUCAUGAUGUCGCUGCUGAACAGGUUCAAAACAGUGUUCGGCUUGUUGCUUUGGAUCGUGUGCUGGGCCGACCUCUUCUCCUCAUUUCACGAGCUGCAGAAGGGUCAGUCCCCGCCCCCCAUCUACUUCAUCACCCCGCUGGUGCUCGGCAUCACCAUGCUGCUGGCCACGUUCCUGAUCCAGUAUGAGAGGUUACACGGGAUCCAGUCCUCGGGGGUCCUCUUCAUCUUCUGGUUCCUGUCCGUGCUGUGCGCCAUCGUGCCUUUCCGCUCCAAGAUCCUGAAGGCCUUCAGCUCGGACGAAGUUCCAGAUAAGCUGCGCUUCACCUCCUUCUACUUGUAUUUCGGCCUGAUCCUCCUCGAGCUCGUCCUCUGCUGCUUGAAUGAGAAACCUCCUCUCUUCUCCAAUGUGGUCACUGACCCUAAUCCGUGCCCUGAAACUACAGCAGGCUUUCUGUCCACCGUGACCUUCUGGUGGUUCACAAGUUUGGCCAUCAAAGGUUACAAAAUGCCCCUUGAAGCCAAAGACUUGUGGUCGCUGAACGAGCGCGACAGCUCCAAGAAGAUAGUGCCGAAACUCCUGAAGGAGUGGGAGAAGGAGCAAAGCAAGAUCAAGAGCAGUGAACAGAAUCUGACCACCAAGGCGACGUACGCUAAGCAGCAACCAUCGGCCACCAACCACGUCUCAGGAGGAGCCGCGGGGGGCGAAACCAGCCCGGAGGAAGUGGAGGUGCUGCUGUCCAAUCAGAAAGCGGCUCCCCACCAGCCGUCCUUCCUCCGCACCCUCAUCAAAGCGUUCGGCCCCUACUUUCUGAUUGGCUCGGGCUUUAAGCUCCUGCAGGAUUCCAUCACCUUCGUCAACCCGCAGCUGCUCAGAAUGUUGAUCUCCUUCACCAGUCAGAAGGACGUCCCUGUUUGGUGGGGUUACACGCUGGCCUUCCUCAUGUUCUUCACAGCCAUACUGCAGACUCUCAUCCUCCACCGGCACUUUCAGUACUGCUUCGUAACGGGGAUGAACGUCCGGACCGCUCUCAUAGGAGCCAUCUACAGGAAGUCUCUGGUCAUAACCAAUGCUGCCAAGCGUUCCUCUACGGUGGGAGAAAUAGUGAAUCUGAUGUCUGUCGACGCUCAAAGGUUCAUGGAUCUCACCACCUUCCUCAACAUGCUCUGGUCUGCUCCUCUGCAAAUUAUGCUGGCGCUCUACUUCCUCUGGCAGAACCUUGGUCCAUCUGUGCUGGCUGGAGUGGCUGUCAUGGUCAUGCUCAUCCCCUUUAAUGCCGUCAUCGCCAUGAAGACGCGCGCCUAUCAGGUGGAACAGAUGCAGCACAAGGACGCUCGUAUCAAGCUGAUGAAUGAGAUCCUUAACGGCAUCAAAGUCCUCAAGCUGUACGCCUGGGAGAACUCCUUCAAAGAAAAGAUCCUGGCGAUUCGGCAGAAGGAGCUUAUCGUCCUCAGAAAAACAGCCUACCUGGGAGCACUCUCCACCAUGGCCUGGACCAGUGCCCCUUUCCUUGUUGCCUUGACGACGUUUGCCGUGUUUGUCACUGUAGAUGAGAAGAACGUUCUGGAUGCAGAGAAGGCCUUUGUGUCGCUCUCCCUUUUCAACAUCCUUCGAUUUCCUCUGAACAUGCUCCCUCAAGUGAUCAGCGGUCUCGUACAGGCGAGCGUGUCGCUGAAGCGAAUCCAAAAUUUCCUGAGUCAUGAUGAGUUGGACCCAAACUCUGUGGACAGAAAGACGAGCUCAGAGUUCGCCGUCUCGGUGGUGAACGGGAAAUUCACGUGGGCCAAAGAAGAUGAACCUGUUCUGGACAACAUCAACGUGAUGGUGCCCCAGGGCUCCCUGGUAGCAGUGGUGGGUCAUGUUGGCUGUGGGAAAUCCUCGCUGAUCUCCGCGCUGCUGGGCGACAUGGAGAAAGUGGAAGGCGAAGUUUCUGUUCGGGGGUCGGUGGCUUACGUUCCCCAGCAGGCGUGGAUACAAAAUGCCACCCUGAGGGACAACAUCCUGUUUGGGAAGAGCUUCCACGAGUCCAAAUACCGCCGUGUUCUGGACGCCUGCGCCUUGACGCCAGAUCUGGAAGUGCUGCCUGGAGGAGACAUGACAGAGAUCGGAGAAAAGGGCAUCAACCUCUCCGGCGGUCAGAGGCAGAGGGUCAGCCUGGCUCGAGCGCUGUACAGCGACGCCGAGGUCUACCUCCUGGACGACCCGCUGUCCGCCGUGGACUCCCACGUGUCCAAACACAUCUUCGACAACCUGAUCGGCCCUGAGGGCUUGUUGAAAGGCAAGACUCGCAUCCUGGUGACGCACGGCAUCACCUUCCUGUCUCAGGUGGACAACAUCGUGGUGAUGGUGGAGGGCCGGGUGUCGGAGAUGGGCUCCUACCAAGAGCUGCUCAAUCAGAACGGAGCCUUCGCGGAGUUUCUCAGGAACUACGCUCUGGAAGACAUCGUGGAGGAGGACGAGGCCACCGAAGAGUUAAUAGAAGAUGAGUUGUUCCCCGAUGACGUCCUUAGCAACCACCACACGGACAUGGUGGACAACGAACCUACGGUUAAUGAGGCAAAGAAAAGUUUUAUGAGACAGAUCAGCAUCCUGUCAGGAGACAGCGAGAACCUCCGGUGCCGCUCAGUCAGGAGACAGAGCCAGAAGAAGCACCAAGAGGCCCAGGAGAAGAAGAAACCCCAGGAGGGCCAGAACCUCAUUCAGGCAGAGACAGCAGAAACAGGCCGGGUAAAAACCAAAGUGUUCCUGGAGUACGCAAAGGCAGUGGGACUAGUGCUGUCGGUGAUCAUUUGCUUGCUCUACGGCUGCCAGAGUGCCGCCGCCAUUGGCGCCAACAUCUGGCUCAGCCAGUGGACCAGUGACUCGUUGACAAAUCAGACCAAGGAAAACGUUCACAUGAGGGUGGGGGUGUACGCAGCGCUGGGCAUUGCACAAGGUGUGCUCAUUUUGGUUAACUGCCUCUUGUGCCGGGCCUACUGUAUGCUGCGGGCGGCCAAGCUCACACACCGCAACAUGCUGCAGGGGGUCCUGCGUGCCCCGCAGGCCUUCUUCGAGAGCACCCCGACUGGGCGGUUACUGAACCGCUUCAGCAAAGACGUGGAUGCUAUAGACUCCCACAUCCCCGAUAAUAUUGACAUAUGGAUGCGCACUUUCUGGUACACACUGAAUGUGCUGCUCAUAUGCUCUGCCCUCACCCCAAUGUUCCUCAUAGUCAUAGCCCCGUUAAUGGUGUUCUAUUGGUGGGUUCAGAGAUUUUACGUUGCCACGUCGCGGCAGCUGAAGCGCCUGGAGUCGGUCAGCCGCUCUCCCAUAUACUCCCAUUUCUCUGAGACCAUCACCGGCUCUAGCGUAAUCCGAGCCUACGACAGACACGCUGCCUUUGUUCAGAUGUGUGAUAUGAAGGUGGACGAGAACCAAAAGAGUUACUACCCUGGUAUAGUGUCCAACAGGUGGCUCGGAGUUCGUAUCGAGUUCAUCGGGAACUGCAUCGUGUUGUUUGCCGCUCUCUUCGCUGUGAUGGGAAAGGACACUCUGAGCCCGGGCCUCGUGGGUCUGUCCGUGUCAUACGCGCUCCAGGUGACCAUGUCUCUGAACUGGAUGGUGCGGAUGACUUCCGACCUGGAGAACAACAUAGUGGCGGUGGAGAGAGUGAAGGAAUACUCCGAAACCAAGACUGAGGCCCCGUGGGAGGUGGAGGACAAGAAGCCCCCUGCGGAGUGGCCCACGCAGGGCAACGUGGAGUUCAACGAGUACAGCGUUCGGUACCGCGAGGGUCUGGACCUCGUCCUGAGGAACAUCACGCUCAGCGUCAAGGGAGGAGAGAAGAUCGGUAUCGUGGGCCGCACCGGAGCUGGGAAGUCCUCCAUGACGCUCUGCCUCUUCCGACUGCUGGAAGCUGCUGGAGGGGAGAUCACCAUCGACGGCGUGAAGAUAUCGGAGAUCGGCCUGCAUGACCUGAGGUCCAAACUCACCAUCAUUCCUCAGGAGCCCGUGCUCUUCUCGGGGACUCUGCGGAUGAACCUGGAUCCGUUUGAUAAGUACAGCGACGACGACGUGUGGAAAGCCCUGGAGCACUCGCACCUCCACAAGUUCGUCAGCAACCAGCCGGCAAAGCUGGAGCUGGAGUGUUCGGAGGGAGGAGAGAACCUCAGCGUGGGCCAGAGGCAGCUGGUGUGUCUGGCUCGAGCUCUGCUGAGGAAAACCAGGAUCCUCGUGCUGGACGAAGCGACGGCCGCUAUCGACCUGGAGACGGACGACCUCAUCCAGUCCACCAUCCGCACUCAGUUCGAUGACUGCACCGUCUUCACCAUCGCACACAGACUUAACACUAUUAUGGACUACACAAGAGUGCUGGUGUUGGACAAGGGACAGAUAGCAGAGUUCGACACGCCCACAAACCUCAUAUCAAAGAGAGGAAUCUUCUACGGCAUGGCUAAAGACGCAGGACUGGUGCAGUAGAGGAUCAGCUCAGUUCAUCACAGCCUGACUCUGGGCUUUAAACCUGGCAGCCGAGCUGUUCGUCACUUCGUUCUUACGUGGACUUGCUACAUGACAUGACUGUGUUUGUGCUUGUCUUUAGGAGCACUUUCUGCUCGUUCUGAAUGAAGCCUGAACUCAUUUUGCAGGCUUGGGUCAAAUUGUACUUGGGGGGGGGUGAAAAGUUCUAGCUUUCAUCAGAAAGCACGUCAGGUCUUUUUUUCUUUUCUUUUGUUUUUUUUUGGAGUGGUUAACACCUGCAGCCGCUCUUCCAGCUGUCCUUCUGUCACAUAAGCAGGAAAAAAAAAAGCCAUACACACAGACGCUGCUUGACCCAAGCCUGCUCCUUUGUGCCUUCUGCCAGUGUGAUAAGCCAGUGAAUGUAUCAUAUUUUAACUUGGCUCAUUGGUGCAAAACAGCUAACGAAGAGGAACUUUUGCUUUACUAUACAAAGAAGAAGACUGUGCCACUGUACCGUCCUCAUGAGACAAAAAAAAGAAGAAAAAAAAAGACUACACUUUUGUGAUAAAAACCCACGUUAUUUUUGUACUGUACCUUUAUUUAAACUACUUGUAUCAUCUAGGGACGCUUCAAUUAUACGUGUGAUUCUUCUGUGAACCAAAUCUAUAAAAACUUGAAUUCUAUACCACCAAAAUAUGAAAAAAUAAUAAUAAUAAUAUGCCUUUAUUAAAAAAACAAAACAAAAAAACAA